AUGGCACCCAUAGAAGAGAACGUAGCAGAAACACUCAAUGAAUUAAAUGUUGAAGAUGAAGAAGAUGAUGAGCCUGAAGAAUCCAAAAAUGAUGAUGAAACGUCUAAAUCGAAAAAGAAACGAAAAAAGAAGAAGAAGAAA